AUGGCGGAAGAUAACCAAAAUCCACCUGAAGAACUGAUGAGUCACUUCUUAAACCCUAAUUUCUCGCAUCCAACUGCGAGUAUUAGGAGACCUCAAAUCCAUGCCAACAACUUUGAAAUAAAAGCCUCUUUCCUGAAUUUAAUUCAAAGUAAUCUAUUCGAAGGAGACCCGAUCGAAGACCCAAACCGCCACAUCACUAAAUUCUUACAAUUGUGCAGCCUCAUCAAAGCUAAUGGGGUUCCUCCUGAAGAAAUCCGUUUGAUGAUGUUUCCCUUUUCUUUAAAAGGAAGAGCACUUAAUUGGCUGGAAUUGCAACCUGCUAAUAGCAUCUCCACGUGGGAAGAUUUGGUUGAGAAAUUCCAAAAGAAGUUCUUCCCAUUAUCCCGAUUCUCUGAGUUGAAGGAACAAAUUGACAACUUCAAGCAACUCGAAGGCGAAUCUCUGUGCGUAGGAUGGGGAAGAUUUAAAGAACUAAUCAGGAGAUGUCCCCAAUACGUUUUAUCUAAUGGCGAGAAGGUCCGAAUUUUCUACAAAGGAGUUACUCCAACUUAUCGAGUACUUCUUAACGCUGCAGCUGGAGGGAGUAUCGGAGAAAUCACUCCCACAAGGGCUAUUGAAUUAAUUGAGAAGAUGGCAUCUGAAGACAACGAUGUCACACCAGUUCAACCUAAGAAAGGAGUGUUGCAGUUAGAUGGGUACGACGCUAUGUUAGCCAAACAAGACAAGAUGGAUCAAAGGUUGGAUUCACUUGUUAAACUCUUUACCCAAAAUCAAAUCUCUGCGGUUAAUUCGCAAUUUCCUGUAGUUUGCGACACUUGUGGUGGACCACACACUCCUGAAAACUGUGACGCUACAGUAACGAUUGAUCCGGCUCAGGUUCAUGGGAUCUGGAAUAACCAGAGGAGAGAAAAUCCUUAUGGAAAUACGUAUAAUCCGAGCUGGAGAAACCAUCCUGGUCUGUCAUACAAAUCUGGGCAUCAACAAAAUAAUGCAAAUUUCCAACAAGAUCAACCUAAUCAGAAAGCCGCUUGGGAAGUUGCAUUUGAAAAGAUGACUCAAUCUCAAACAAAUUUCGCAGAAGAAACGAGAGCAUCUUUUAAGAAUCAAGAAGCUUCCAUAAAGAAUCUGGAAAAUCAAAUCGGUCAGCUUGCUAGACAGAUGGCCGAAAGACCUCCAGGUAAUUUUCCUAGUGACACAAUCGUUAAUCCUAAAGGACAGUGUAAAGCUAUAACUACAAGAAGUGGAAUCGUAAUCACACCUGUAGAAAAGACUACCAUUGCAUCAAGCAGUAAAAACGACUCAGAAAAAGAAAAGCCUGCUGAAGAAAAUGUUGAUGGUCAUGUUGAUAGAGAUGUCACAAUUAUUGGAGGACCAUUAAAUGAUACCCCACGUAAAAAAAUCGUAAAGAAGCCUUCUUUGGAAGAACGAAUGAAAGCGUUGGGAGACAACCCGUAUGUUAAAGCCCCAUAUCCUCAAAGGCUGAAACAAUCAGCACAAAAGCAACAGUAUUCUAAAUUUUUAGAAAUGUUUAAAAAGCUGCAAAUAAAUAUUCCAUUCGUUGAAGCCUUAGAAAAUAUGCCAAGUUAUGCAAAGUUUAUGAAAAGUUUGCUUUCAAGAAAGCACAAGCUUAAAGAAGAAAUGGAAACAGUGUCUUUGACAGCGGAAUGCAGUGCUAUUAUUCAAAAGAAAAUACCACCAAAGCUUCAAGAUCCUGGUAGUUUCAGCAUUUCUUGCACUAUCGGGAAUGUUCAUGUGGGUAAGGCAUUGUGCGACUUAGGGGCGAGCAUCAACUUGAUGCCACUAUCCUUUGCCAAAUCUUUGGGAAUCACUGAACUAAAAUCCACACUUCUGUCAUUGCAAUUGGCAGACAGAUCUAUAAAGAGGCCUGAAGGAGUGGUUGAAGAUGUGUUGGUAAAAGUAAAUGACUAUAUUUUCCCUGCAGAUUUUGUGGUUUUAGAUAUGGAAGCAGAUACUGAAGUACCUCUUCUCUUAGGAAGACCUUUCUUAGCCACAGCUAGAGUCUUAAUUGAUGUUGAGCAGGGAGAGCUUCUAUUUAGGGUCAAUGGUGAGCAAUUUACAGUCAAUGUUUUUGAAGCCAUGAAAUGCCCAGAAGAAAAAGGUGACUGUUUUCAAAUCGACGUGAUUGACAAAGCUGUAGCAGCAAUCACAGAUGAAAUUAAUGCAGCACCAACAAUUACAGAAUUAUUUGCUAGGAUUUUACAAACUCCUGAACCGCUAAAUGAAGCUUUGUUGGAAGAAGUUGUAAAAGCAAUUGAUAUUGUCGUCGACGAUGAGCCUGGAUCUUUAGACCUUGAAUCUCAAGAAAAUAAGACAACAACUGUCCAAACACCUGAAUUUCCGAAGUUAGAAUUAAAAGAACUUCCACCCACCUUGUAA